AUGGACUCAUCCGGUAAAAGCUCAAAUCGAUUCAAGGACCUCAUCGCCGGCGGGAGCCUCGUGGGACUCGGCCCAGGAUAUAUCAUUAAGGAUCUCUGGGAUGCUCGAGUCAAAGCUACAAUGGUGCCCCUGGAAGAAGGCGUGGUCAAACACUGGAGCCACAAUCGAGUGGUUCUAAUGGGGGAUGCAGUGCACAAGGCCACAGUAAAUCCUGGACUGGGCGGCAAUUUGGCAUAUGAAGGUAUUGCUCGUUUGACAAAUGGUCUGGUACCCUUGCUGAAAGAAUACCCAAUUCCAUCUCUCGAACAAUUGAACGAAAUUUUUGACAGCUAUGUGGCUGGUCAGAAAGCUAGAGCGGAGACUGUCGUCGAUCUCUCUGGUCAGAUCACUCGCUACGAAGCGCAGGAUACUUGGGUUCUCAAGUUCGCAGCAAAGAGUAUCGUGCCCUGGGUCAGCGAUAAGCUCAAAGCUCAACUGUAUGCUAGUUUCUCUCGGGGCGGUCCCUGGUUGGAGUAUCUCCCAUUGCCUAUCAUGGAAUGCAACUUGGCGAACGUCACCAAGGCAGCUCCUAGAGGUAUAACUUCGCUGAUGAUUGCUGGGGUGGCCCUAGUGGGAGCAGCAGCUCUACUUUGGAAGAUAUCAAAAUGA